AACUGUAAACCCUGAAGAGAAACUUAUUUGACAGUUGCUGAUGAGUUUUGACAUUUAAUGGGUGUGGUAGUUAAAACUAUGGCAGAAUGAUUCACAUGUGCCUCAGGAUACAACCCAUCCGCCCCAUCUUGGAAUGCUUAGCAGCUGGUAGACAAAGAAAACUGUUGUGCAUGAAAAAUAUACUUACGAGUGUGUUCAUGCGUGCAUGUGUUCAAAUGGGGAGUGGUGUGACAGGUAAUGUCCUUCACCUGCGUAGGAAGUUUUUAGUUGCCAACAGGGAACCGACAUGAACUGAAGUUGUCUGGAUGAGUGAAAUAUAAAACAGCGCACUCAGAGAAGACAUUUACAUGACCAGCUUCAAAGACUUCAAACACUAUGAGUGAACACUUGAGAGAGGGUCACCGUGGGUCUUCACUCCCUGAGCUGAGACUCAUCCUUUUAGGGAACAUUGGAUGUGGAAAGACAUCAUCAAGUGACACCAUCCUCAGCCAGCUGUCCCCUGUCUCUCCCAGUGCGGCCAGGAGCUGCCAGCUGCGACAGGGCGUCUCUGAGGGCAGGAAGGUGACCUUGGUAGAGGCACCAAGAUGGUACUGGAGUGGUGGCAAGAUGGAGGACAGUGUCAGGAAAGAGACAGAGCGAGCCAUGACUCUGGUAGCACCAGGUCCACAUGCAAUUCUUCUGCUGGUGCCUGUUAACCAGUUCACAGAGAUGGAGGCUCUUGUGCCUGCGGAACUGGAGAAGGUGUUUGGUGCACAAGUGCUGGAUCACACUCUGGUCCUGCUGACCUGUGGGGAUUACUUGAUGGGAAAGACAGUGGAGGAAUACCUGCAGAAAGAGCACCCAGGCCUCAGGCAGAUAAUUGAACGUUGCAGUGGGAGGUACGAUGUCAUCAAUAAUCGUCAGCGCCAGGACAGGGCGCAGGUCCGUGUGCUGUUAGAUAAGGUGGACAAUAUGGUGCAGAAACACGGAGUAUUCUACAUGAAAACAGCCCAGGACAGAGACCUGGAGAAUCGAGUGAAAGAAAGAAAGCAAGAACUUAUGGAGACUUUUAGAGCUCAAAAGGAAGAGAAAAGAGAGUCACUCGCAUCAACCUGCGAACGAAAUACAGAAACACAGAGGAAAGUUGAAAGAGAGGAGCAGCACAGUGUUGCCCUGGAGAGCAGAAGAAAGAAAGAGAGAGAUGAGAUAGAGGGAAGUGUGGGAGCGAACCAAGUGUCUGAUGGGCUCCAUUCAACUCCAGCACCAGAGGAACAGUCACAUUCACAGCCAUAUGAGGACAGGCAGCUGAAAAGGACCCCCAGUUUCAGAUUAAAUGCAGAUGGAGCUAUACUCUCACAAAUGUCUGAGAGUAAAGCAUCGCCGAAAAUGGUUACUACUUUUCACCACAGAAUUAACAGCUUUGAACAGAAAUCUCCAGAGGCUUCUCCCACUUCCUCUCCUCAUUCGCCUGUCUUCUCCUCCUCCCCCUCCAUGCCAGUCUUUGCUUCCUCUCCCUCCACACCAUCCUCAUCUUCCUCACCAUCCUCUUCGGAGCUUCGUCUGGUUUUGCUCGGACGAUCUGGUGCAGGAAAAAGCACAGCUGGCAACACAAUACUGGGUCAUCAGGAAUUUGAGUCACGCCCAGACAGCCUCACAGCUGUCACUCAGGAGUGUGGGAAAAAGAAAGCACUUGUUGCAGGAAGAAAGGUGGCAGUGGUGGAUACCCCAGACUGGUUCAACUCUGAACGUAGUCCGGAUGAGGUACGAGCUCAGAUCUCCUCCUGCAUUGCGUUGUCCAGUCCCGGUCCCCAUGCUUUCCUUCUGUGUGUCCCCAUAGACCAGCCUGCCAAGACUGAGCUGCAGGCUCUCAGGUCCCUUGAGCUUGUUUUUGGCCCAGAGGCAGUCCAGAGACACACUCUGAUCCUCUUUACUCAUCCAGAUCGACUGAGGGAAAGCGGGAAGGCAGGGAACAAUAGCAUGGAGGCGUAUAUUGCUGGUCAGCGUAAGGAUUUGUUGAAGCUUGUGGAGAAAUGCGGGGACAGGUUUCAUGUGCUAGAGAUGGAAGGAGGUGAGAAGGAGAGGAAGAAUGUGGCAGAGCUGCUAGAAAAGGUGGAGCAGACGAUGAGGGAGGCUGACGGACAGUGUUAUUCUUGUCCUGCUUUUCAGGAAGCUGAGAACAGAGUGAGGCAGAGACAGGUAGAGAUAACAAGGGAAAGGAGGAAAAAGCUAGAAGAAGAAAUACAAGGAGAAGUUAGACAGCUGAACACUGAGCAGCAUACACUCUAUCCCUACAUGCAGCCUGUGGCUGAGGCAGAAGAGAAAGUGAGUGAAGAUGAGAUUGAGAAAACAAGGGAUGAGGCAGAAAUGAGUGUUAGUACCAUGAAUAUUGAGAGCCUUCCUCCAUUCACACUUUACAGCAUGUCCCCUUCACUUCUUCAUUCCAUGAGGGAGAAAAUGGAGUCUACUGCAAAGAUGUUACCAAAACUAUUGGGAGAUAGUUCUGUGUGGGUUGGUGAGGGAGCAAAGAAAGUGAAAAGUAGCCCAAUGUGGGGAGCGGUUGGAAGUGGAGCAAAAAAUGUCCAGAAGAUGUUGGUUGAUAGUUCUGUGUGGGAGAAGGUGGGAACUAGAGCUGGACAUGUCUCCAAACUAGUAGGUGAUAGAGUUCCUAAGGUAGUGGUGGACAGUUCAGCAUGGAUUGGAUCUGGAGCAAAGGCAGCGGCAGCAAGUCCUAUGUGGAAAAAAGUUGGUUCAGGGGCUAAAUCUGGGGCCAUACUGGUAGCAGACAGUUCAGUGCGUCUCGGAGCUGGAAUCGGUGCUGGUGCAAAGACAGUGGCACAGAGUCCGGUGUGGGGGAAGGUGGGCUCUGGGGCCAAAGCCGGGGCCAAAAUGGUUGCUGAGAGCUCAGUGUGGGAGAAACUUGGGACAACUGCUAAAAAAGUGCCUAAAGUAGUGAUAGGGUGUGCAUUACUGGGUUUGGUGCUUGGUGUGUGUUUGUGGGGUGUGAUUGGCGGUGCUGUCGGGGCAGCAGCUGGAUCUGCAGUAAGUGAAGUGGGCAGACGCAAAUUCAGUAAUAAACACACAUUAGACAACACAGACAAAGCUGCAAAACACAUGGAAAGAACAGUGAACGACAGCAUGGACUCCCUGGCAAAACAAGGAGAAAAAGUAUUGAAAACAGAAUGAAAGACUGAAUAGAGUGUGUAAAUGAAAUGUGUAACACAUGUAAAAACAUUUGUUUUAAACCAUCGUAAUAUAUCAUUCAAAAACAGUGACUAAGGAUUUUUAUGAUUUUGAUUUGGCAUCUUGGUGAUUUUUGAAACACACAAACUGUGUCCACUUGUGCUUGUAUGACAAUACCACUGUCAAAUUAGAUUUACUAUUUUAUAAACAAAUGUCUUUAUGAUUCCUAACUUCAAACAUCCAUCCUUAGACAAAAUAAAUAGUUAUUUUAAUAGUGUA